AUGAUAUUUGUGUCCUUCUUCGAGAUUUGGAUCAACCUGAUCCGCCUUUCGCCUAUCACCAUGGUUAUAUACGCGUAUUGUGUCUUCUUUGGAUUUGUAAUUCUUGCUCUCGAGGUGAGCCCCAGGUUCAUGCCAAAGUCCUGGGUCGUAGCUGUACGAACGAAUGCGCUGUUUCUCACCAGGCUACACGGCCGUGCCUUCUUCUAUAUCUUUGUUGGCACACUCAUGCUCGCUCAAUGGCACUGGAUGCAAAUGAUGAGUGGGGGGUUGUUGAUCUUCACUGGUAUCGUCAUGAUGAUCUCGGGGGGUGUUGCCAACAAGAAACUCAACAGCCUUAAGAGGGAAAUGACCGAUCCCCAGGAAGUGCGAGAAAAUUUUUACGCCCAUGAUCUAGAUGGCAAUGGUGCACUUGACACUAAGGAAGUUGCGGCGCUAUGUGCAAGCCUUGGAACGGUCUUGUCGCGAGUCGAACUUGAACGCGCGCUUAUGUGCCCGUCUAAUAAUAGCUUGACUUUUCAACAGCUCUUGGACAGCAAUCACGAUGGAAUGGUUUCCUAUGAAGAAUUUUACAACUGGUGGAUGGAUCGAGAGGAAUAA